AAAAUAAAUCGAAUUUCAAAGAAAGUCUAUAAAUAACUUACGUUAUGUUGUCGUCGACAUGAUUAUUAUAUUAGAAAUAUGUUGUAAUGUAUAUUAUCAAUGUUAUGGGUCAGAGUGGAAUAACCUUGGCAAUUUCAAAGUAAUUUCUUCUAAACUUAUUCACUUAUGUAUUAUAGAUAAAGUCUGCAAACGAAAUGUUUCGAACGAUUCUAAGAACGUUUAGUACGCGUAAAUAUAAUAAAGUUGGUUUAAUAGGUGUACCUUUUGAAAAAGGACAGCAAAAAAAAGGUGUCGCUCUUGGUCCUAAAGUAAUUAGAGAUGCUGGUCUUACAAAAGAAUUAGAAGUAUUAGGUUUAGAUGUUAAAGAUUAUGGAGACAUUAUAUACAAAACGGUAGGUACAGGCGAUAUAAAUAAUAUGACACAUUUGGAAGAUGUAGCAGCAUGUACUAAACUUUUAUCUGAACAAGUUCAAAAGAUAUUAAAAGAUGAUCGAUGCGUAUUAACGCUUGGAGGAGAUCACAGCGUAAGCGUUGGAACUAUAGAUGGCCAUGUUCAAGCAAUGGAAGAUAUUGCAGUACUUUGGAUCGAUGCACAUGCAGAUUUAAAUACUAAUAAAACUAGUGAAAGCGGAAAUGUUCAUGGAAUGCCUGUAGCAUUAUUAACGACUGAGCUUUCCGAUUAUUGGCCGCAUUUACCUGGAAUGGAUUGGCAGAAACCGAUGUUGGUUUUAUAUAUUAUUUCUUUAACAAGUUUAAUUUAUGUUCUAUUCUGUGAGAGAAUAUGUAGAAAAUGUAUAUAUAUUUACAGGCUAUCAAUUAGAAACGUGGCUUACAUUGGAUUAAGAUCCGUAGAUCGUUACGAGAGAUUAGUUAUUGAAAAAUUUGGUAUUCCUGCUUUUGGGAUGGAAGACGUUGAAAGAUUUGGUAUUCAUAAUACAAUUUCUAUGGCAUUAGAUAAAAUUGAUCCUUACGGGGUAAAAUCACUGCAUGUUAGUUUUGACAUUGAUUCUUUAGAUCCCCUGGAAGCUCCAAGUACAGGAACAGCAGUACGAGGUGGAUUAUCUCUACGAGAGGCAAUUCAUAUAAUGGAAGAAAUACAUAGAACACGUAGAUUAAAUGCUAUAGAUUUAGUAGAAGUAAAUCCUCAUAUCGGUGAUCAGCGAGAUGUUAAAUUAACUGUCGAGGCUGCCAUAUUUAUUAUUCAAGCUGCUUUAGGAUAUACUAGACGUGGUUUGAAAGUUCCUAAAGGUGUUACUGAUAUGCCAUUGCAAACAUUUAAAUAAUAUGAUAAAUUAGUAUUAAAAACAUACUUGUAUGUGAGUAUCUCUCUCAAUUUAUGCAAAUAAACUAUUGAUUUCAUAUGAA